AUGGCAGCUGGUGUAGCAGCAUGGCUUCCUUUUGCCAGGGCAGCUGCCAUAGGUUGGAUGCCAGUGGCCAACUGUCCCAUGCCACUAGCCCCAUCAGAAAAAAAUAAGCGCCAAGAUGAGCUAAUCAUUCUCAAUGUGAGCGGCCGGCGUUUCCAGACAUGGAGGACUACAUUGGAGAGAUACCCUGAUACUCUACUUGGCAGCACAGAGAAAGAGUUCUUCUUUAAUGAAGACACCAAGGAAUACUUUUUUGACCGGGAUCCUGAUGUCUUUAGGUGUAUCUUAAACUUUUAUAGAACUGGUAAACUACAUUAUCCAAGGUAUGAGUGUAUCUCCGCUUAUGACGAGGAGCUUGCUUUUUAUGGGAUCCUGCCUGAUAUCAUUGGGGACUGCUGUUAUGAAGAGUACAAGGAUAGAAAGCGGGAAAAUGCUGAGCGAUUGAUGGAUGAUGCUGAUUCUGAGAAUAAGCAAGACUCCAUGCCAGCCCUGAGCUUCCGGGAGACCAUGUGGCGAGCCUUUGAGAACCCUCAUACUAGCACUUUAGCCUUAGUCUUUUAUUAUGUCACAGGCUUCUUUAUUGCUGUUUCUGUGAUCACCAAUGUGGUGGAGACCGUACCAUGUGGCUCCAUAUCCGGCAACAAAGAACAGCCAUGUGGGGAUAGGUAUGAAAUGGCUUUUUUCUGCUUGGACACAGCUUGUGUUAUGAUUUUUACAGUUGAAUACCUGAUGAGACUUUUUGCAGCUCCCAGCCGGUACCGGUUCAUCAGGAGUGUGAUGAGUAUCAUCGAUGUGGUGGCCAUCAUGCCCUACUACAUAGGUUUGGUGAUGACCGGCAAUGAGGAUGUCAGUGGAGCUUUUGUGACUCUGAGGGUUUUCAGGGUAUUCAGGAUUUUCAAGUUCUCCCGUCAUUCCCAAGGCUUGCGAAUCUUGGGGUACACACUGAAGAGCUGUGCCUCUGAGCUUGGUUUUCUUCUCUUUUCACUCACGAUGGCAAUUAUUAUCUUUGCUACUGUGAUGUUUUAUGCAGAGAAAGGAUCUUCAGCUAGCAAGUUCACUAGCAUUCCAGCAUCAUUUUGGUAUACUAUUGUCACCAUGACAACUCUUGGUUAUGGAGAUAUGGUGCCCAAGACAAUUGCUGGCAAGAUUGGCUCCAUUUGUUCACUGAGUGGUGUACUUGUCAUUGCUCUUCCUGUCCCAGUUAUUGUUUCCAAUUUCAGCCGAAUUUAUCAUCAGAAUCAAAGAGCUGAUAAGCGAAGAGCACAAAAGAAAGCCCGGUUAGCCAGGAUUCGUGUAGCCAAAACGGGAACUUCCCACGCCUACCUUCACAGUAAGCGCAAUGGCCUUCUCAAUGAAGCACUGGAAUUGACGGGGUCUAUGGACGAUGAGCACAAUAUCAGCAAAGCCACAUCCAUCAUUGAAAGUCAGCAUCACCACCUGCUGCAUUGCCUGGAAAAAACAACUGGAUUGUCCUAUCUUGUGGAUGAUCCCCUGUUAUCUGUACGAACUUCCACCUUCAAGAACCAUGAGUUCAUUGAUGAGCAGAUGUUUGAGCAAAACUGCUUGGAGAGCUCAAUGCAAAAUUACCCAUCAACCCGAAGCCCUUCCCUUUCAAGUCAACAGGGCUUGACUACCUCCUGCUGUUCUCGACGUAGUAAGAAGACAACGCACCUCCCCAAUUCCAGUGUGCCAGCAACCCGACUACGGAGCAUGCAGGAGCUCAGCACCAUACAUAUCCAAUGCAGUGAACAACCAUCGCUCACAACAAGUCGCUCCAGCCUAAAUAUGAAAUCAGAUGAUGGUCUGAGACCGAACUGCAAAGCUGCUCAAAUAACCACAGCAAUCAUCAGCAUCCCAACACCACCGGCCCUGGCACCAGAAGGGGAAAACAGACCUUCCUCCUCCAGCCCCAGCCAUUCAAGGAACACAAUCAUGGCUAGCAGCAACAUUGUCAAGGUUUCAGCUUUGUAA